AUGUUACAAAAAACUGUGUUCUUAUUUGUUAAAAUUUCAACCAUUAUUCUUUUACCUUGGGUAUGUCUCUUUAGCAAUGAUAUGAGCACUUUAAAUAAUCAUUCGGGUGAAAAAUGUUAUCUUUGUAGAAAUUUAAAUACAAGAAGUUGUCGUUUAUUAUCAAAAUAUAAACAGAGUAAGGAUUUAUGUACUGAAAAUUUUAAAGAAGAUAUACCAAAUAAUAAUGUAAAAGAAAAAAAAAGCAUAUCUAAUAAUGUAAAAGGAGCAAAUGAAAAAUACAAACAAUCAUGUAGAAGUUCAUUAUAUAUAAAGGAAUACGGUAAAAAUAUAGAUAAAAAUAAAUGUGGUUUACCUAAAACAAAAAAAUAUAUAGAUUUUCAAAAAAAAAUAUUUAAAGAACUUGAUUAUGAAGAUUAUGUUAAAAACAUUAAGACUAUUGAAUAUAAGGAAUAUAAAAAACUAGCACGUAAAAAGCGCAGAAUACGAAUUGCUUUACUUUUGUUAUUUAUCUUGAUAUUGAUACUACCCAUAUUAGACCUUUCUUUAGAGAAAUUUACUGAUGGGGGUUUGUUGGGUUUAUUAGGUUUGUUAUACUCAAGUGGAACUGAAGAAACUGGUGCUAUUGGGGUAUAUGGGCAUUUGGUUACACUGUUAAGCGAUGGUACAUGGGGUAAUUUAACAAAAAUGUGUACAUCUAUUAUUUUCAUUUAUGGAGUACCAUACCUUAUAUUUGUUGUUAUAUUUAUAUUAGGGAUGGUUUAUUACUAUAGAAAAGUUAUAAAAUAUGAAAAUAUUAAGUUAAGGAAAAAAAUAAAUAAGAAUUAA